GUUUGAAUGGGUCAUGACCCUAAACAGGCAACAACAAGGAUCAUCAGGCCAAUGAACCUACCAGAUACGUUACAGUAAUAUUAACUCGUCUGUUAACUCAUCUGUAUGUCACCCGCCAAGAUGCUGUCACAUGCUGUCUAAUGUCACGCUGCCUGCAACAGUUCCAUGUAGGUAACUGUCCGGUUCUUUCUGUUCAUUUUCCGCAUUUAACUUGGCUACCACGUGUCACGGAGGGUGGUCUCUAUAUGUACCUAGUUAUCGAGAGUAGGUAUAUCUACACAUUUACACAAUGUACUGGAAGAGGAUAUAUAUAUAUCCUCGAUGCAUUCAGAAGACACCACCCGUGCUUGCCCCCAUUUCCCCCCACUUUCUUCUCAGAUUCCCCUCAGUUUAUCUCCAACUCGUUCGCACAUUUAGGUCUUAGUUUUCCUACCGAACUCCGUGAAGGUAUGGGGGCGUACUGUAGAGCGUGCUACAGCACUAUAGUAGACACAACGAGUUGGUAGGCAGCAUAUGGCAUAUGAUGUAGUCAAGGAGCUCAAGGGCUCAUCGUAGUUUUCCUCGAUUGACUCUCAAAUUUCAUCUAGGACUCUAUUGUCAUCGCGAAGGUGCCUUCCCAUUUGGUAUUCUACUGCUGUCUGGCUACUCCGCACCUAUUCCUAGUCGUAACGACCGCCGCCCGCGGCACCGUUUCAUGAUGCCUUCGUAUCUCGAGCAGCUAUUCUCGCUUGAGGGCCACUUGGCCGUCGUCACUGGCGGUACUAGGGGUAUCGGCCAAUCCAUGGCGCUUGCCCUCGCCGGUGCCGGGUCUGACAUCAUCCUGAUCCAGCGAGACGAGAAGAAUCUCGAGACGAAACAGAAGAUCGAAGCCUUCGGAUGCAAAGCCUUCGUAUAUACCGCCGACAUGGGCUCUCAGGACCAAGUCGAAGGGCUCGUGGCGCGGAUUCGGGACGAUGGCCACGAUGUUGACAUCCUCGUUACUAGCGCCGGCAUCCAACGACGGCACCCGGCGCACGUUUUCCCCAUGAAUGACUGGAACGAUGUUCUUCAAGUCAACCUGCAGGCUGUGUGGACGCUCAACCGAGAUUUCGGCGCCUACUUCUUGACCCGUACGCCGGAUGCAACGGGCCGCCGUGGCGCCAUCAUUAACGUCGCAUCUCUCGUCUCUUUCCAGGGUGGUCUUAACGUCCCCGCAUACGCCGCUGCCAAAGGUGGAAUCGCUCAGUUGACCAAGGCGCUGUCCAACCAAUGGGCGUCCAACGGGAUCAACGUGAACGCCAUCGCGCCGGGCUACAUCGCUACCGACAUGAACGAGGCCCUGCUGCAAGACAAGGCUCGAAGUGCCAGUAUUCUUGAGCGCAUUCCUACGGGCCGAUGGGGCAGCCCACAGGACUUCGAAGGGGCCACUAUAUUUCUGGCCGGCGCGGGAUGUAGGUACGUCAGUGGUGAGAUAUUGACAGUAGACGGUGGCUGGAUGGGGAGGUAGUAAAGCAGCUCCAAUAUACAUAUUGACAACAUGUGUAUCGGGAAUACCUACGCACGGUCCUAUUCGUAGACAGAGUCGAGGAGCGAGCAAUCCUCGCUCCAUGUAAAGUGAGCCAUAGAGUAAAUGUAGUGAUAAUCUACUUGCCCCCCAACAAGGCUCACGAAGAGGGAAAGGGAGGGAGGAAGAAUUCAGGUACUCGUGAACCGCCCUUAGCUCGUAUGGUCAGAUAACUUGAAUUACCAC